UGAAGGCUAUGGUCAUCGCGUGGUGAAAUACUACAUUGUAGUAGGUAGCUGUUGCCUUCGGAAUACGUAUAUCUGGUAUUCACAAUGGUAUCUUGCAAUAGUAGCAUUGCAAUAUCAACGAAUAAUAAAUAACCAGGGAACAUGUGUGCUGCCUGAGGAGAGAUCCAGUAGAAACUCGAAUCCCUGAAGGUCAAGGGCUCUGUAUAAUUAUUGUCAGCAGUCAGGAGAGAGAUAUCCUGUGAAGCAUCACCCAAGGGGCGUUUAUUUGAUCUAGAAUGGGUGGUAUAACAUGGAGACGUGCCCUUGAGAGGUCAAUGUACGUACCCACGCGCAAGCUGCUACUGGCUUUGGAGUACAAUGGAUUUGCGUUUCGUGGUAGCCAAUCUGAUGCCGCGCUGGAGCUGAAGGAGAUGAGAAAGAUCAAGACGCUUUCUAAACCCAGCGUGGAGGCUGCACUGAAGAGAGCCUACAGCGAGAAGUCCCAAGGUAGUGAGCUCCAACACGUGGCAUUCGCCACCCGCACGGAGUCCGGCGUCAGCGCCAUCUUCAACGUUGCUGAGGUCACCAUUGCACGCAAGGUAACCGAAGAUACUGUAGUUCAAGACAUCAUCUACCCGAUGAACAUGUACUGCAUGUCCAACUUCCAGAUGAGAAUCCUUGCCGCUGCCUGUAUUCCGGAUGAGUUUUCCACAGCACGUUCAGCUACGAGCCGAACCGUCCGACACACGAUCCGUGUCGUUCCCUCAUACAACUCCUACAGCUUGGACAACUACAAGAACUGCUGGUAUCACGUCUCCAAGAAGAGAUUGGACGUGGAGAAGAUGGACGUUGUGGCAAAGGCUGUGUUUGCAGGUCGUCACGCACUCUCUUCGUUCACGACGGAGACAUACGUACAAUCCCUUGCCACCACCGUGUGUAAGGUGUAUGACAUCAGUGUAACUGAAGAGGAUACCCGCUCUGGCCAGUACAUGACCUAUGGAGAAAGUCAGCUGAUCCACAUCGACAUCACCUGUGAUCAUUUCUUACCUCGACAGGUGGAACGGACGGCGACAGCGCUAGUGUCCGUCGGACGAGAUGAGACCACGGGUGAAGAGCUGAUCGAGCAACGUAACGCUGUCAACCCACUGCUCUACUCCAACCACCGGUACACAGCACCACGCCACGGAUCAUGCGUCACGCAUAUCGGAUUCCCCGAAGGCGAGGUGACGUGGAUAUUCCCGGAGAGGGGCUUGAACUUCAGUGACAGUAAAGAUGGUACUAUUGAGAUGGCAGGCUCUCACAGCAAAGCGGAUAUGUACAGGAUACAGGAGGAUGAUGAGGAUGACGACAAGAACAUUCAGUAUUGAAUUGAACCUAACCACUAGAACUAGUAGCACUUGUUGUGCUGCCAAGUUGA